UUGUGUUAUUAACGUCAAAGAGUGAAAACCAAGUGUCUGUGUUUUAAAAUACAUAGAUAAAAAAUGAUAGGAAAAUAUACUCUAUGUGAUAUAUCGGGUAACGAUGGUAAAAAUGGAAAACCGGUGUGGAUAAUUAUAAAGGGUGACGUUUAUGAUGUCACGACAUUUGUAAAGGAACAUCCUGGCGGAGAAGAUUUAAUAAUAGAAUACGCUGGAAGAGAUGCCACAAAGGCAUUCAAUGAUGUGGGACAUUCUAUUGAUGCGAUCCAACAAAUGAAAUCGUUCAAAAUAGGUGUAGUUGAUAACGAGUGCCAACAACAAUGUGUGCCUUCAAGAGAGGCAAAGACCCAGGAGGAUGAAUGUUGCCGACGGGAAAAGAAACGAAAGGGGUUGUUUUCUCUUUUUAAAAAGAAUCGAAUUUAAUUGUAGUAUUGAUGUAUUUUAAGUUAAAUUUAAACAUAGAGUACCUUAACUGUGGUAAUAGACCUAUUCGUAAAUGUCAAAAAUCGUUUUUUUUUUCACAAAAUCUUAACCAACAGUGCAAUUUAAGAAAAGAAGUAUAAAAAUUCAAUUAUAUACAUCAUAAAUAAAUAUUAAAGUUGGACACUACC